AUGGCUAAGAAAUCAGAACAAGAAAUCGACAUCGACCCCACUCCAAGCGUAGAUGAAGGUCAUCUCGCCGCCCAAAAACAAAUGCGAGACAUUGGCGCAGAACUGUAUCUUGAAGUGCAACAGUAUUCGAGAGAAGAGUUAGAGGCAGAGAGGAAAAUCGUGUUGAGGAAAAUUGAUUGGGUGAUCAUGCCGAUGAUUUGCUUCACGUACACGAUACAAUUUUUGGAUAAGCUUAGUUUGAACUACGCUUCGGCUUACACUCUCAUUCCGGAUCUUGGGCUUGAAGGUCAACGCUAUAGCUGGGUUGCCGCUAUCUUCAACUUCGGCUACCUCUUCUGGGCUCUUCCAGCGAACUAUCUGAUCCAACGCCUUCCCGUCUCCAAGUACACCGGGGCCAUGAUUCUCAUAUGGUCUGUACUCCUCCUUUGCCACGUUGCAGCGAAGAACUACGCGGGCAUGUUGGCCCUGCGGUUCCUGCUCGGCAUGUUCGAAGCCAGCAUUAGCCCAGCCAUCAUGAACAUUGUUUCGAUGUUCUACACACGUGACGAACAACCCUUAAGGAUGUGUGUUUUUCUUGCGUUCAACGGCAUGGCUACGAUGGUUGGCGCGCUAUUAGGCUAUGGGCUCGGCCAUGCACAUAAUAGUAGCUUGAAGACAUGGCAGCUCAUCUUCCUUGUGAUCGGGCUGAUCAAUUUUGUAUGGAGCUGGGUCUUCCUCUGGGUCAUGCCUGAUUCGCCUUCUACAGCGAAAUUCCUCACCCACAAGCAGCGCAUCGUAGCCAUCGACCGCAUCGCCUCAAACAUGAUCGGUGUCAAGACCAAGCAGUUCCAACCACGACAAGCCCUUGAAGCAGUUCUCGAUGUCAAAGUAUACUGCCUCAGCCUCAUCGCACUUUGUUGCGGUGUCAUCAAUGGCGGAGUUUCGAAUUUCGCAUCCUCGCUCAUCAAGGGUUACGGGUUUUCCGGUAUCAGCACGACCCUCCUGCAACUUCCUACCGGUGCUUUCGAAUUCUUCUUGGUACCAUUAUGCGGUAUUGCGGCGUCUUACUUCAAGAAUACGCGCUGCCUUAUCCUCGCACUGAUUUGUCUCCCACCCCUCGGUGGCCUCCUCGGCAUCCGCCUUACACCUCUCACCCAACGCUGGACGCUCGUCGGCUGCACAUGGCUCCAGUACUUGGUUGGCGGUCCAGUCAUCCUCUCCUGGAAUGUCCUCACCACGAAUAUAUCAGGUCACACAAAGCGCAGUACCGCCAACGGUCUGUGGUUCGUGUUCUACGCUGCGGGCAACAUUGCUGGAGCCAACAUCUUCUUCGCUCGAGAGGCGCCAAGGUAUUAUUCCGCGCUGACAGGGUUGAUUACUUGCUAUUGUGGGAUGAUUGUUAUGGCGGGUUUUCUGGCGGGCUGGAUGUCGUGGGAGAAUAAAAGGAGGGAUCGAGUGUAUGGAGAGGGCGAGGAUGAGAGGGCUGUUUUGGAGGGUUUUGAGGAUCGGACGGAUGGGGAGGCGAAGCAUUUUAGGUAUGCGUUGUGA